UAAACGAAUAUUCUCAAAGACUCCAUCCAUCUGGAAACAAUCAUCCUCACUCACUCCACAUUUCUAAACUCAAAUUCAUUCAUAAACCCACAAACCAAUUUCACAAAUUCCAUUCCAAUGGAUUACAAUUACAAUUACAAUUCCAAUCCAGUUGUAUUACUAGCAACAGUAUUGUUUCUAUCGAUCGCAUCAAUAGCAGCAACUCGAGUGAUCCCAUUGCCGAUUAUUCACAACCCAACUGAUCCUGUUAAUAUUUUUGAUAAUUCAAAGUAUGGAUUGCUUCAGCUCAGUAAUGGAUUGGCUCAGACUCCUCAAAUGGGAUGGAAUAGCUGGAAUUAUUUUGCGUGUAAUAUAAAUGAAACUCUUAUUAAGGAAACAGCUGAUGCGCUUAUCUCAACCGGAUUGGCUGAUUUGGGCUAUAAUUACGUCAAUAUCGAUGAUUGUUGGGAAGCACUGACUCGUGACAUACAGGGUCAUUUGGUUCCUGAAUCGAAAACGUUUCCAUCCGGAAUUAAGGCUCUUGCUGAUUAUGUUCAUGAGAAGAAUCUCAAGCUUGGUAUCUAUUCUUCUGCAGGUGUUUUUACGUGUCAAGUACGACCCGGUUCACUUUUCUAUGAGAAUGAUGAUGCAGCAACUUGGGCUUCAUGGGGGGUGGACUACUUGAAGUAUGACAACUGCUUUAAUCUUGGCAUCAAGCCGAUUGACAGAUAUCCACCAAUGCGGGAUGCUUUAAAUUCAACGGGACGGAAAAUCUUUUAUUCCCUUUGUGAAUGGGGUGAGGAUGACCCUGCCUUAUGGGCAGGCAAUGUUGGCAAUAGUUGGAGAACGACAGAUGACAUCAACGACACGUGGGCAAGUAUGACUUCUAUCGCUGAUCUUAACGACAAAUGGGCAGCCUAUGCGGGGCCUGGCGGAUGGAAUGAUCCGGAUAUGUUAGAAGUUGGUAACGGAGGCAUGACUUAUCUGGAAUACCGGUCGCAUUUUAGCAUAUGGGCUUUAAUGAAGGCUCCGCUUCUUAUAGGUUGUGAUGUCCGGAAUAUGACUGCGGAAACAUUUGAAAUUCUAAGCAAUAAGGAGGUCAUUGCUGUAAACCAAGAUCCACUUGGAAUUCAGGGAAGAAAAGUCAACGCUACAGGAACAGAUGGUUGUCUUCAGGUUUGGGCCGGCCCGUUGUCCGGAAACCGUUUCGCUGUUGUUCUCUGGAACAGAUGUUCAGAAGGUGGGACGAUUAACGUUUCAUGGGAUAGUAUUGGACUCGAGUCCUCCGUCAGUGUUUCCGUACGCGAUAUAUGGAAGCACGAAAAUGUUGUAGCGGAUGCAGUUGCAUCAUUUGGCGUUCACGUUGAUUCUCACAGUUGCGAGAUGUUUGUUUUAACUCCAAAGUUGUCUCAUUCUCGGGUUUGAAUGAUGUGACAUCCAAAAACCAACGGAUUGCUAUAUUUUUUAAUUAUGAUUUAUGCAGUAUUUAUAUUUUAUGUAUCCGACCAUGAACAGGAAUAUUGAUGUAGCGUGUAUAUUGUAUGUGAGCAGAUGUUAAAUUUGAUGCCUGUUAAUGUUUUA